AGGUUCAUAUAAUGGAAAAAAUUAUAUCGAAUGUGCAAGAUUUUAUUAACCGAGCAGAGAACGCCAGCGGUAAGAGUGUAAUACAAUAACACUAGCAAAAACGACGUCUCUUUUCAAACGCGGAUAUGAUCUUUAAAGGGGCGAUGAGUAUUUGUAAACCAUAUCCACGUUUUUAUCCUUUCGGAUAACAGUGCUGGAAAAUGUCCGGCAGCGCCAGCAGCACCGCUGCCGGGAAAUUUUUAUCAAAAUAUCUUCACAGGAAAUUUUCUUACCUUGCAGGAAAUUUUGUCAUCUUAUAUACUAGAAUGCCAUAUAAUUUACUUAAUGUUUACAUAAGUGUUUUUCAAGUUUAUCACAAUGUGUGCCGCACCACACGUUGAUCUACACAGGAAAUUUUUAUUUUUCGAUUUUGCUGCCAGGAAGAGAAAUAUAUUUUCUAGACCUGUCGGAUAAUAUGCGGAUGUGACUUUUAAAUAGCGUGUUGUGUUAACUUAAUCCGUACACCCGUUAGCCUGUGUACAGCCGUUACUCUAGACGAAGCGCGCGAGAGAACGUCUGUGAGUUGGAUGCAUAAUCCUUGUUCAGGUCACGUGGAUAGUUCCCAGAUUUGGGGACAGGCCUCUGAUUGGAGAGUGCUUUAUUUGAAUACUGGUUAUUCAAAAGGUGCAUUUUAAAGUAAUUAAAAGUUAACUGGCCAAGUAAGACGAAGUUAAACACAUUACAUGUAAAGAAAAUGCUUUAUCGCGAGGGGUCCGAACAUAUAAACAGAUUGUCAAUUUAUUAAUUAAACUGUCAAUUAUAAAUUGUCAAUUUCCGUCCGAUAGUUUGUUGUAUUUUAUAUAUUUGUCAGCAUUGUUCGCUGAGUGUCCAAACACUAGAAUUUAAUCUUGAUUUUCUUAAACUUCAAUACAGCACAAAAUUAAACUCAACAGAUUAUAUUUCAAGUCUUUCAAACCUUUGUAUGCCCCGAAGGAAAUCUUGAUUCUUGGUCUGGAAAUCUUUGAAUUUAAAAUUGUUGUGUUGUUAUUUUAAACGCAUGCUAAUUAUCCAUUAACCAAUGAAAUAGCUUCAUUUGUCAUAAAUUAUAUAUAGCUAUACGCCCGUCCAUGGUAACAAGACAAGGUCUUAAAGUUCUUCAAUGUUACCCCAUAACAAGAACAUUAGGCCGGAGAGCGCCAGUUCAACGCCAGGGGCUGUUAGUACCUAGACCCAAGCCCAUGACUUCACAUCUCCCUUUCUCAAACAUGCUAUACCGUUCUCAAGUUCUCAAGUUCUCAAGUAUAUCUGUCAGAAAGUCAUCUAGAUAUGCCCGCCUGUAGGUUUGUCUUUUAUUGGGGUUUUUGUUUGAUGUGGCAAUAUGACUGGGCAAUGGGUUACUUUCAGUUUAGAUAGCAACUGGAUUAUCGGUGACUGACUGUUGGUCAUCUGCAUGUGUCUUCUUGAUUGUCUUUAAUUCCUCGGCGGCACUUCAAUAUCAGUCUCUCUCAGGUUUUGCUCCGAUGUUUUUCUUAGGUGUUCGUUGAUCAUGAUUGAUGCAUAUGGUUUCGGAUUGCAUUCUUCCACAUAAACGUCAUUUACAUCUUCCUUGAUGGUUGGCAUGGCUAUGUAAUCGUGAUGUGUCAUGGUCAAUACUGGACACCAUUUUUCUGUUACCGGAAGUCGCUUUCGUGGGUUCUGUGAUGGUUCGCUAUUAUUAAUAUAUGUUGCUGCAAAGUGAUUCCUUCUUUUACACAAAAACAUACUUUCCCCCAAGCUGGGCAUUCGAACUUAUCGCUGCAAAACGUACAUCUGAUCACAUCUUCUCCCACGACGGAAUUUUGCGCACGGAGCGAAAUUUUGCAUUGCCGCGCGCAAAAUUCCGCCUAGUGAAAAACCGGCAUAACGCUCAUCAGUAUUAUUCAACAUGAAAUCGCCUUAUAAUCAGUGUCGAAAGGUAUUGCAGAAGACUAACUUUACUGAUCUACUUGUACUUGCCACAAUUAAUAUCGUUGAUCCCAUUCAUCAUGAUUAUUUACUUUGUACAUUUCAUAGCCAUAGAUUUAUUCGCGUUAUCAACGUGGGGCCUCUUGAAGGGUAUUUUAUGGCUUCAUAUUAUACUGUAUAUUAUACGGUAAUCAUUUCUAAUUUCAGAUCCUCGGCUAAAAGAUUGGCCACUUGUCCAAAAUGUUUGGAGUCCAGUUUUUGCAGUCUUGUGUUAUGUCUCAGUCGUUAUCGCUGGACCAAAGAUAAUGAAAAACCGCCAAGCAUUUGAAUUGAGAGUUGUCAUGGCUUUAUUUAACUUUUUAGCUGUCACACUUAGUGCGUAUAUGUUUAUAAAGGUAAGUGCUCAAUUUUUUAUAUUAAUUCAUAAAUUUAGCUAUUCCAUGAUUGAUUUAUUGAAAAUUCAUAUACUGUAUAGAUAUAUCAAUUGGCAUAAUGAUUGAUAUAUUUACGGACUGACUACAAUUGCAACGUCAUUUCGUACGCAGCCAGGCAUGCUGUUUAAUUAAAAAUGAAAAGCCCUCCUGCAAAAAAAUAUAUUUUGAAUAUAGUAAUUCGUUCUUCUGUCAAAAUAUAGACUUUGUGCCGGUAGGAGCGCGUGGAUGAACCUUUAAUCGACUGCCAUGAGUCAACGACGUUGAUUUUAGGAAGGGUAUACCAUUCGGAAAAUGUAUCACAGGGCUUUAGAUUCUCUUAAAAACCUUAACAAUCAUUGAUGGUUGAGCAGAGUUUAUAAGAUGUGCUUUUAAGUUUUUUCAAAUGAAUAAUGAAUAAUGAGGGUAAUAAGCAUAUAGUCUGCAGUUGACAAUAAGCCUAAAAUAGCGAAUAAAAACUUCCAGUGGCUCGAAGCAGCUCGUUUCACAUUCCUGUAAACACAGUAUCAGUUACCGAAGAUAAUCAACGGUGCAGCGAACGCUCUAGCCUUUUCCUUGAGCGGAAAAUUAUAUACAAUUUUUGACCUACCUGACCAGGGGCAGUUGCGAAAAAUACAACUAUAUCGCAAAAAAUAUUCUACUGUACAAGUACAUGAACGAACGAGAAAGGUAAAAGUUGGGCUUUUCGAAAAAGCAUAAUUAAGGGCGUACGAUGUUUAGCACAGUACACAGCUGAAGAAAAUAUGUGUUCGUACGUCCACGCGCGCGGGCAAUCCUUUACAGGUACCUCGCCAACAUUUUAUCUCCGGAUGAAAUUUCAAGUGUGGAAAUAUAUGGAAAUCGUUCGAGAUAAUAGAACAAUUUAUAUUACAUUCCGAAGAGGAGAAGUUCUAAUUUAAAAUUUCAAUAUUUCGUAAUGGUGUUACUAAUGCAGGGAACACAUAGUUUUACUGUUUUCAUUAUGUCUAGAUUUUAGUUUGUGUCAUCCAAGCGAAUUACCGUUUUUUCUGCCAGCCUGUGGAUUACUCGUUUGACAACCCAUUGGAAAUGGAGGUAAUCGUAAACUCUUCAAAUGCUACUGUCUUAAAAAUAAAUAGUUAUUGGAUGAGGUUUUUGUGAUGUCCGAAACUAUUAGAAUUAAGGUCAAAGUAAGUCAUGUUAUCACACUUCCCUAAACCUUUGACUGAGUCUCAUAAACAAUAUCAAAAACAUGCACGAAACAUCGCAUGAAACGAGGCUAUUGGGGCAAUAAACAGUAAGGUCUGUUCUGCCUUCUAUAGUUGCAAAGAUAUAAAAAUAAAAUAUAGAAGGUAAGUUAUGAGAGCAAGCAUGUAGAGCAAUCUGCUACUUCGAAAAAUUAUUGGGAUGUUUUUGGAAUUUUCAAUUCACAACGAUGGCUAUGGUAUUUUCGGAUUUUGUUGCAUUAGAUUCCCAGUCAAAAAAAGUUGAUGUGUUUUAACAGGUUUUAGAAAUUUUACUGAUUUUUUAUCUCUCUUCCUUUUUUUAUUGCAGAUCGCAAGAGUGCUUUGGCUGCACUAUUUGUCAAAAUAUUUUGAAAUGCUUGAUACUGUAAGAAGUGGUUUCUUCUAUUAUGACUAAAGAUUUGUCUGACUUGAUUUGAAACUGAGAAAACUCGCCUAAAUAGAGAAUUGUCAUCUUAUGUUAAAUACAUGCAGAAGUAAAUGGGUGAAAGAUUAUUUUUGAAAUUUUACAUUUGCUGCGUAAAUAUCACUAUGAUUUGACGCCACACAAAAUGCUAUAUACUACAUUUUGAGAAAUGAUCUAUGCACUGAUUCCAUUUUUUAUUUUGAUGCAUCCAAGUUCUUUGCAUGCAUGUCUUUCCCUUGAAAAGCUUUUCUUUCGUUUUACUAUAUAUCUAUUUUAUAAAUAAAAAAAUAAAUAAAUACUAUCUACUCGGCCAUAUAGGAUGAUCCGGUGUCUGCUAUGAGACGGAUUUUAUGCAACUCCUGAAACGUCGCAACAGUAUUCACGUUGCUCCAAUGACGUGAAAAUCUUAGUUUAACGUUGUAUUCAGAAUGACAACGUUGCUGAGGACACCCCUGGGACAAAUUAUUCAAACUUUUUGUUUUGCAUGAAGAAUUUCGAAGACGCUUCUUGUUUUCUAAUCAGUCUUUUAUCCAUAUCUCGUUUUACAGUUCAUUUUCAUUCUACGUAAGAAAGAUAAACAAGUUUCAUUUCUUCAUGUUUAUCACCAUUCCUCAGUGCUUAUGUUGUGGUGGAUAGGCGCAAAGUGGAUUGCUGGAGGAUCAUGUAAGUUUCUAGACUUGCUACAAUUUACACGUCGACUAGUAUUAUUUCGCUGCGCCGUUGAGCUCAAAGUUCUUUAAGUGCGAAAUUAUUUUAUUAUCUUAUUUAUUUAUUAUUAAUAUGUCGCAACAUGUUAGUGAACCUACUCACCAGUCUGGUCACACACUUGACCUACUUAUAACGAGACAAGAUUCGAACUUAAUAAAUGGUAUAUGUGUCCACACACCUUGGAUAAGUGAUCACAGUAUUGUGUAGUUUAAAACCACCACAAAGAAACCGAGUGUUGCUCGGAAAACAGUAUCUUAUCGACGAUGGAAAUCACUUGAUGUAAACCAGUUUCGGCAGAGUAUAGAUGAUAUUGACAUUCAAUCUGUCAACUCGCUUUCUGAUCUUGCUCUGUUGUACAACAGUGCCUUACGUGAUCUUUUAGAAAAACAUGUUCCCUUGAGAAGUAAAACUGUCACAUUACACCCGCAAGCUGAAUGGUUUGAUGCCAAGUUGCUAAUAGAAAAGAGAGCAAAAAGAAAGUUGGAACGUAAGUUCCGAUUAUCUAAUUCACCUGAAGAUAUUCGUCAGUUCAACGAGCACUCAGAGUAUUACAGUCACUUGCUAGUUACAACGAGACAGAAAUUUUACACAGAUAAGAUUGAGGCAAAUUAUGGUGAUCAGAAA